AUGAGCCUAGCGGUGCCGCCUCCUUUCCUUCCCGCUCCUGGGAGACCUGCUAUCCCGUGGAAACAGUGGCGGCGGGUGUUCCAAAAUUACUUGCUCGCCUCGGGGGGCGAUGCUUAUGGACCUGCUCGGCGGAAGGCCUCACUUCUACAUUGCCUCGGUGUUGAAGGACAGAAAGUCUUCUACACACUUCCGGAGACGCAUCCUCCGGUACCACUGCAGGAAACAACUGCCGGCACGAAGACACCGACUGCGCAGGACGUGUACGAUGUCGCUUUGGCGGCCCUGGAGACCUACUUCGCGGCGACUUCGAACGUGGUCGUUGCACGACACCGCUUGAGGCAGCGAGCGCAGCUACCGGGGGAAUCUGUUGAAGUAUUCGUUGCCGAGCUGCGAGACCUGUCGGCGGACUGCGAGUUCGGACUCUUGGCGGACGAGUUCAUCCGAGAUCAGCUGGUGGCGAAGACUAUGAGCCAGCAGUUACGAGAGCGUCUACUACUGGAAGGAAGUGGUCUAACCCUGGACCGGGCGUUGUCCAUCGGCCGACUGGUCGAGGAAGCGGUCCGGUACUCAAAAGAGCUCGUAUCGUCUUCAUCGGUGCAGAAGGUGGACGUUAAGUCUCCGAAAGCCGAGCGACCACAGCGUACACAGGGAGAACCUUCAUCCUCCACUUCGAGGAAAUGUUACCGCUGCGGGUCGUCGGGACAUCUUGCAAAUUCCGCUACAUGCAAACCAAGAGGGAAAAAGUGUGCUGGAUGCGGGAAAGUCGGACAUUUUCGUGUUGUCUGCAAGAGUACCGCCAGUCACACUAGCAAAGGGGGUACUGUCGCAGAAGUUGCGUGCUCUGACGAGGACGUUCUUAGUAUUCUUCACGUGCACGAUAAACCGAAGAGCGGUAUCUACAUUUCAGUUCAAGUCUAA